AUGCAACUCCCACGACCCAUCUGCUUGCUCACCCCGGUCAUCGACGCUGUCACGACGGACGAUCGUAUUCUUGUCAUCUCUGGGGGCAUCGAGGGCAUCGCCUGCUGGGGCAAUAUUCUCGCCAACGCCUCCAGAGUGAAGGGGAUUCGAGGUACCAUCAUCGACGGCAUGAGCCGGCACAUCGACGGCAGUCGAGAUGUCAAUUUUCCCGUCUACGGCCGGGGAGUGACCAUGAUCAGUGCACGCAACCGGGUGGUGCAGAUUGAGUCUGGCACGCCGCUGCAGAUGCGUGGCGUCACUGUCCACCAGGAUGACUAUGUGCUCGCGGACAAUUGCGGAACGGUGUUCAUUCCGGCCCAGCAGAUUGAGAAGGCCUUACGCCGUGCUGAGCGUGAUGGUCGUAAACAGAACCUCGUGCUUCAAGCGGUUCGAUCCGGCAAAUCUCUCUCGGAGAUCAUACAUGAUACACAAUUCGAAGCCAUCCGCGAGAGUUGUCCGUCACCGACUGCUCUCCAAAACCCCAAGAAGGCAAGUCCGGAUGAUGAAGAUCUGGUUGCGCUGUUUGCCGACUCCGAUACCCCCGGCAUCUCGGACGCCCUGGACAAGCUAGGAAUUGCUGGACAGUCUUUCGGGAUCAUGCCGUUGAUCAACUACCAGAAGGUGACCGUGGGUCCGGCCUUCACGGUUCGGUAUGUACCUGCCAGCGACCCCCCAGGCAGUGUUAGUGACUUCAUCGAUGAUGUGGCUGAGGGAGAUUUCGUGGUGAUUGACAACGGCGGUCGCACCAAUUGUACAGUCUGGGGAGACACCAUGACUCACUAUGCGGGCCUGCGAGGGAUUGCUGGAACAGUUAUCGACGGAGUCUGUCGGGAUGUGAAUCGUGCGAUCAUCGAUGACUACCCUCUAUUCACUGCGGGAUGUUGGAUGCGGACCGGCAAGGGUCGGGUUCAAGUGGGAGGAGUUAAUGAGCCGGUGGGUAUCGGCAAGGUCCGCGUCAACCCUCGCGAUAUUGUGGUGGCGGAUGCAAACGGGGUGGUCAUUGGUCCUCGAGCCCGAGCUCGCGAGGUGGUUGAAGUGGCUCGAAAGAUUGAGAAGGGUGAGGAAGGUAUCCGGGCCUUGAUUGCUGGGGGAGCCACCAUUGCCCAGGCUUUGAAGCAGCUGGGAUAUCACACUCUGCAGAGACAGGAGAAGGAGUAG